AUGUUUGAAGAUGUAGUGAUCAACUUCACCGAGGAAGAGUGGGCCCUGCUGGACACAUCCCAGAGAAACCUGUUCAGAAAUGUGAUGCUGGAGAACGUCAGUCAUCUGGUCUCCAUAGGUGAGUCUGUCAACACGGAUGAUCACAUUCACACUAGAGCUAAAUCGUAUGAAUGUCCUCUAUGUGGGAAAGUCUUUAGUAGAUGCUCUACACUCAGCAGACACAAGAGGAUUCACACUGGAGAGAAACCAUAUAAAUGUCAUCUGUGUGGGAAAGUCUUCAAUCAAAGUUCCUCCUUGAAACAACAUGAGAAAACUCACACAGGAGAGAAGUGCUAUGAAUGUCAUCAGUGUGGGAAAGCCUUUCUUCAAAGCUCUGGCCUUAGUUCACACAAGAAAAUCCACACUGGAGAGAAACCACACAUAUGUCUUGAGUGUGGGAAGGCCUUCAGUCACAGUUCAGGGCUUAGUUCACACAUGAGAAUCCACACUGGAGAGAAACCACAUGUAUGCCUUCUGUGUGGGAAGGCCUUCAGUGAACAUGCUAAACUGAGAGAACAUGAGAGAACCCACACUGGAGAGAGGCCCUAUGAAUGUCAGCGGUGUGGGAAAUGCUUCAGUCGAGGCUCUUCCCUUAGACGACAUGAGGCAACUCAGCACUGGAGAGAAAGUCAGGAGGGCCCUCAGGAGACGUCCUGA